CAAGCAAGCUUAUGAGUUAGUGAAAUUUUUCAAAUUCUAUUUAUCUAGCAUAUUUGAUCUAAUACUUGUAAUUUGAAUACAUUUUAAGCUUUUUGGCAAUUUCAACAAAUUCGUCAAUCAGUUAAAGUAGGGAGCGAUUUUACAGAUCAAAAAUUUUGCGGCGAGAACAGCCCGCUGUCCAGAUUUUUUCGAACACCUGUAAUACUGGGGUCAAAUAACAAAAUUAUACUAUAAACAUUGACAAAUCCUCAUAUCAUUGGAUUUAUCAAAAUAUAAGUGUAUAAUCCAAUAUUGAUAUCAGAUUAAGGAUAUUUAUACAAAUUUAGCAUAAAAGCAUUUACCUAAUGCAGGGAUCGUAUAAGAAUAAUGGGUUACCUAGGCCCUAUUAUAUGAAACCUUCUAAGAAGAGAAUGGGAGUAGUGGGAACUAAUUCUCCUUAUGAUAAUUUCAAACAACCAGUUGUAUUUUUCACUAAUUCACCUCGUAAAUUACUUGGUUACUUAGUCAUGCUUUUAUUGUUUGGUACUUGCAUUUAUUGGAUGAGUCAAGAUUUAAAACCUCAACCUGAUCCAACUUAUGAAAUUGUUAAAACUACAGGUGACUUAUCUAAUGAAAAUAUUAAAAAUAAUGAACCACCUAUUAUAGGAGACAUUCCAGAAAUCAAUGUGAAAUCCAAUGGAAAUAAUGAAAAUAAGAAUAUUAAUGUUGAUAUCGAUGAUAUUAAUGACAACGUUAAUAUAAAAAAUAAUGAAAAGAUAAGCAAUGUAGAUGUCAAUAAGGCUGGUAACGCUAAAAAAGAUAGCGAUAAUAUAGAUUUAGCUGGUAAUUUUGCAAAAGGUUCCAAGGGAGAGAAAGGUAUUGGAGUAGUUGAAGCUCCAAAAGGUGGUGUAGCAAAUGAAGCACCUAUUGUGGGAUCAGAUGAAGAUAAAAUUAUAGGAACUGGAAAAAAUUCCCGUAAUAAGCAAGCACCUGUUAAUGUUAAUGUAGAAGGAGGAAAGACUAAUAAUGCAAAAGGAAAGCAAGAUAAUGUUGUCUAUAAUGGAGCUGGUGGUCCACCAGAUGGUAAGCCAGUUGCAAAGGUUGCACCAGGAACUGGUAGAGGUUAUAAGGCAGAUAAAAAUGCUGACGAUGAAUCACAACCAGUCGGAGCUGCAGCUCCUGCUGCUGAAGCUGGAGAUGUAGCAGCCAGAGCUAAAAAUAUCAUUGAUGAUAGUUUCUAAAAUCAUUGAAGGUAUGGUAUAAACAUCUAAUGCACAUAUUUAUAUAGUAUAAUAUACAAAACCGGCUAUGAAUAUUCUAAACAAAUGUAAGUCAAUGAUCAUCUAUCCAUUCUCAUCCCAUUGGAAUACAUGCUUACCAGUUACCUUCGCUAAAGAUCCAUCGAAUGUAAAAAUUUACAAAAAAAUUUCUUAGACAUUAGACCCCAUCGGGAUUCGAACCCGAGUUGCCAGCAUAUUCAGUUGAAUUUCUCUUAAUGACUUAAGAAAAAACCUUCAGAAACCGGAG